UCAGGUGGGCUAACCCGAUGAUUGCCUAUUCUCUACGCAGAGGUCGCACAAAGAUUCUCCUUGUCAAGCUCCCUCUGGUCGCCUCUCUCUCUCUCUCUCUCCCCACCCCGCCCCGACCUGCAAAUUCCGCCGGCGAGGCCGCCGUCAGUGAUGGUAAACAAGCAUACUAUCGUCCUUAUGCAGCCUUCUCCGAACAGGGCGAGCAGAACAUUUAUGGACUAUGAGUCAGUAAGCCAAGCUAUUGAUGGUAUAUGUGGACUUUAUGAAAGAAAGCUUAAAGAGUUAAAUCCAGCAAUCAGAAACAUCACUUAUGAUAUCUCAGAUCUUUACAACUUCAUUGACGGUCUUGCGGACUUGAGCGCUUUAGUAUACAGUCCUUCAGUUCAGGCUUAUUUGCCCUACGACAGGGAGUGGAUCAAAGGCCGCACAUAUCAACACCUAAAGAAAAUGGCAGGGUGACUAAUGGGACAGUCGGGUUUUCUGUGUGCAACCCCUAGUUUGGAUCCGGUUUGUGUAUCAAUUAGAUUGGAAUGCUAGAAAGUAAUAGAAUUGUUUUAAGGCACUGUGAGUGCCGCAAUGGGUAUGAAGUGCAAUGAAGGCAGAAGAUCUGAGUUACCAGAGAUUUGUGUCACUUGAGAUGCAACAAUUUCAGCUUCAUUCUGCAAUAUAUACUUAACCAGAGAAAAUAUCAUUGAGAAUUCACUUGAACGAACUGUUUGUGUACAUGGAAGUGAAAUUAGGAGUUCGAUUUUUUGUAGUCCGGCAUAAUAACUCUUUUUACAUCCUA